GAGACACUUGGGCUGAAGGCAGUGAGCAAACAACAGCACCAACCAUGAAGUUCUACGUGUGUGCGGCUGUGGGCCUCCUGGCAGUGGCGGCGCUGGUGCACGCCGACCCUGAGCCCGAGGCCCUUGCUGAGGCUGACCCUGAAGUCCCCCGCCCCUACUACCACCACCACGGCUACCCCAAGCACUACUACGGCCACUCUCACUACCACCAGAAGCGGUCUGCUGAACCCGAGGCUGCGGCCGAUGCUGACGCGUCCCGACACACUCUUACCACCACCAUGGCUACAACAGCCACCCUCACUAUUACCGCCAUCCCUACAAGCGGUCUGCUGACCCAGAGCCCACUCACCACUACUAUGGCUACCCCGGCCACCACCACGGUUACCCACGCAGCUACUACCACUAGAGGAAAACCUUUCCGCGACACCCAGCAGCCACCCUCUCCCUUUCGGCCGCAGGGACCUGUCUCUUGACAUCAACGAAACGCUUACCCGAGGCGGCUGAGGGAGAGGCGACGACACCUGCUGCAGGAUAGGCCGGUUUUGCUCACGUCGGUUUUUCUCGCACGCAGGUGUCGCCCCCAGACGCCCCGGGGCACUCAGGUAAGGUGCCGCCCCGCCCCGGCUCCCUUACCCACUGGCCUGAAUAAAGUUACCUUCCAC